CAAGACACACACACGACACUUUGCACACCCCAAGUCUGCAGCAGCAACACGACGACGCGCGCGCACACGCACGCACGCACGUACCGCCCCUUGCUGCCGACUCGCUCGCUGCGCCCCGUCCGGCCGCCCGCCCGCCCGCUUGCUCGUGCUCCUCGCAGCACGCGGCUGGCUCACGGUCAUCCCGCACGCGCGCGCGCUGCCUCGCGCGCACAGAGCACUCUUGCUGCCUGCCUGCACCUUGGGCCCUCCGUCUGCCCCCGGCUCUAUCCCUCUGCACGCCGCACGCGCGCACACUCCGCUGCUGCAACACAGGCCGGAGAGCUGAGCGCAAGAGCAUUGCAGCCAGCCAGCGGCCACCAGCCAGGCAAUUGUCGUCGACAUUGACACGACCUCGCCUCGCCUCGCCCACUUGCUCGCCCACUCGACUACCAUCCGCGCGCGGCAUCACCACUCGCCCUCGCCCGGCCCGCCCGCUGUCGCCCGUGCGCACACCGACUGUUCUCUAGCAUCAGCAACAAGCAAGCACAAGGCAGCAGAGGCAACGCACCAGCAAGCAGCUAGCAGCAGCAGCAGUCGCUCGCCAGCAGCCAGCACGCCUGGGCCUUCCAGAGUCCCGGGCAAGUCAAGGCUAGCUCGCUCCUCCUGUCACUGCAGCGUUUCCACAGGCGCCCCACUCGCUGCCCUCGUCGACAAUCUAUCCGUUUCGCCAUCACACGCCCCGGGUCUCGACGAGGCAUACACGCCCUCUCGGUUUGCUCGCCCCGUCCGCCGCCCCCUUCCACCACGAGGAAGUAGUCGUUUGACCUCGGACGCGCGCGGCCACUCGUCCCUCCCCUCCCCCAUCUCUGCUUCUUUCCCUCGCACAGCUCCCCGCCAUGGCCGACGCACGCCAUUCUUCCUCGAUCAUAUCGGCCCAGUCGGCACUCGAGGGCCUCGGAAUAGUUGAUCUCAACGACCCAGGCCCAUCUAGCCAUGCCGCAGGCAACGGGUAUCGCCCUGUCGACUACUCCAGCAGCAGCGCAGCUGCCAACAAUAACAACAACAACACGCAUCGCGCAAUGUCUCAAUCCCACUUACCAGCAGCAAGAAUCGACCUCCUCCUCCCUGACAGCUCUGGUGCAGUCCGCGUCCCAGAAGGCCAACGCUAUGCCGUCCGCGCCGUCUACGACUUUGAGGCCACCGACGAGUCGGCGCUGAGCUUCAAUGCCAGCGACAUCAUCGAGGUCCUCACCAUGCUCUCGAGCGGCUGGUGGGACGGCAUGCUCGGCGAGGCCCGCGGCUGGUUCCCCAGCAACUAUGUCGAGAACAUUGACGACCUCGACUCAGACGACUUUGACGGCGUCGAUGAGCCCUACGAGCCAUACGACGACGUUGUCGACGACUACGACGACCAGUACGACGUGGAGAUUGCCGCUGAUGGCAGGGCAAUCGCACGCAACGGAUCGGCAGCAGAUGUCCUCGGCCUCGAGGAGAGCCUAGGUCACGGCUGGGGUGACAGCUGGGGAGGUGACACGUCGGCCACCUCGCUCGACAAUCUCGCCUUUGAACUCAUGGAAGGUCGUAGUGACGGCCGACAACACUCUGCACGCGGCCAGCUGCGCGCGGACCGUGCGUCCAAGCGUCACACUGUGACGGCUGCUGACUACGAAGAAAUCGACGAUCCAGACCUGACCCUCAGGCCUGCCCAUCACUCGCGUGGUCAGCCACAGGCGCAAAUCUCGGCUGCUCACUACUCGCACGGAAACGAUGUCUGGGUCCCAAGGGCGACCCCGCAAGGAAAUAUCUUCUACGUCAACAUCCACACCGGCGAGGAGCAAUGGGGCCUCCCAGGAGAUGGCGACGAGGAUGCCGACGGUUUUGCGCGACUGGCAGAAAUGGAUCACUUGAGCGAACACAGUGUCGAACAACGCGAUCUCGAUGGCCAUCGCUAUUAUGGUGGCGGCCAAGGACAAAGCAGGAACUACCAGCACCAACGCAGCGCCUCGUCCUUUGAUCGUUCGUACUACCAACCACCACAACCGCAUCACAUCCAAGAGCGCGCGCGUCGCCCCGCAUCCACGUCGUCAACAGUGUCUCGCGCGUCGCGACCGCCCUCGUCUUCAAUGGCCCCAGACGACGUGUUCGGCAUCCACCCAAGCCGCGCAGGAGUGACCGUUCCUUACCCAUGGUCGGUCGGCCUCAGUGAUGACGGCCGCAACUACUACUACUACAACCAGCAGACUGGCGAGACGCGCCGCGACCCCCCGCCCUCAUCCACGACAGUAGACGGCGUCCUCCAGGAUCCACCCCCCCGUCGCGCGAGCGUUGGAGCCACAAUGCGAUCUGAUGCUCGGAGGUCUAUCACAACGCGUCGACGCGCACAGACCGACUGGGAGGACAGGAUACGCUCUGCCGUUGCUCCGCUCUACGACGAGCCAGAACGCUUGACCAUGGCUCAGCUCACAGAGCAGGUCACCGACGCCAUCAACUCUCUCUACAGCGCUGCUGUCGCAGGUUCGGCAGCGGAGGAGGAAGUCGCUCUGGCUCGCGAUAUCCAGUCUGGAUCGGGCAUGGCUGUGGCCGUGCUCAACGAUGACGCUGCCGUUCGCCAACUCAAGGACGGUCAGGCGCGUCUCACCACAGCCAUCCGCCAUCUCAUGACCGCCUUUGGCUACGUUGGCCCCAUUCUUCCUCCCCCAGGAGGCAUCGACUCGACCGUCAGCGAGCCCAUGCCUCGCCCGCCUUGGGUUGAUUCGUUGAACCUCAUGGGCGUUAUGGGCCUCCUAUCCAUGUCGAUCAGCAACACCAUUUCGGGCCCUCGAGCUUCAGAUGUUGGCACCUCAUCGUGGAAUGCCGUUAUGCGUGCUAUCACCAAGCUCCGCGACCUCAUCGACGACCUUCCCAACGUCGUGCUCGCCCAUGUGCCCGCUGCUGAGCGCGAGAAUCAGCCAGCAAAGCACCUGGUCGCCUGGUUUGGAGCCGAGUCACUUGGUGAUUUCAUGUCGGGACGAUUUGGCUUUGGUCCUGCUUUGGAUACCGUCCUCCGCCCACUCGACCAGGCCGCCGUUGUCGAGAUCCAGAAGUUAAAGGCCGAGGUCGACGCCGUCGUCCGCGCCGCCAACACGUCUGCCGACGGAGGCGUGCUUGAAAUCAUUCGCGCGUCGGCUCGCUUCAGAGACGCAAUCGCCCACAUUGACGUUGCCGUGGCCAUUGACCUCGAUGGCGACGCAUCUGAAGAAAACGGAUCCGAGACGCUUCGCGAAGAGGAGAUCAGGCUCUACGCUGACCUUGUGGUGCAAGCCCGUCAUGGCAUUCGCGACUUGGAUGACGCCGCCAUCGCCUUAGACACGACCUCGGCCGACAUCUACCUGCGCUCCGACACGCCAGGUUCCCCGGCCUCGCUAGAAGCUCUCACAAAGGCAGUCACGACCGUCUUCCGUGCCCUAUCGGCUCUGCUCGUGGUCUCCCAGCAGCAGACCGCGGCGAUCGAACAGGGAGUCGUCCGCGGCGCCAUGGGCCAGCGUUCACCCGGUGGUGCCAUUCGUCGCGCGGCUGCCUCUGCUCACGGGCGCACGUACUCUGUGGCCUCCUUUGAAUCCCACCGCUCGCACCGGUCACACGAUCUCCAGCGAUUAGCAGGAGACACGCAUACACGGUCAAAGUCGAUGGCGUCGUCAGAGUCGAGCGCUACUCAGCCAACUGGGCCAGAGAAGGAGGUUCUUGAACGCGAGGAGAUUCAGAACCGCCACCGAUCUAUCGAGUCAAGCCACCAGCCUUCGUCUCGCCGCCACUCGCAGUCGACCAUUGCGAGUCAGACUAGCGUGGCCGCCAAGAAGGCGACCGAUGCGUCCAGCUCGCAGACGUCGCUGCCGUACCAGCAAGAGUCUGAGGCUGGCAGUGUGCGCGCGAACAACCGCGCCAGCAUUCUCAAGGCCGUCCCCAGUUUCCUCCGGAAUCGUUCCAGCAGCGAUGCCCCAGAGGAGCCUCGCACCAACAGGAACAGAUCGGGCAGCAAGAAGCUGGCCAAGCUGCUUGGCGACGACACGUUCUCUCGAACUCAGGGGGCAUCCGUGCCCGCAGUGCCCUCAACGCCUGUAUCCCCUGCCGCACCUCCUCCUCCCAUGGCCAUGAUGGGCAAGUCUGAGCCCUGGUAUCUCGCCACUGCCUACCCACCUGGGGAGAUUGUGGAAGAUGACAACCACGUCCUCAAGGCCGGCACGAUCCAAGUUCUGGUUGAGCGUCUCACAGCGCACACUGCGGCCGACACAAACUUCUUCAAGGCCUUCAUGCUCACAUACCGUUCGUUUGUGACAACAGAAGAGCUCAUCGAUCUCCUAAUCGAGCGGUUCGACAUCCAGCCGCCUCCUGGGCUGAACGAAGAAGAGCUCAUGCAGUGGACGGUCAGGAAGCAGACACCUAUCCGCCUCAGAGUUGUGAAUACCUUAAAAACUUGGCUCGACCAGCACUUUGUCGAAGGCCAAGACGAGGAGCUCCUCGCCAAGGUCGAGGCGUUUGCGCAGGCACGGACAGUGGGCGCGAAAGAGAUGCUUGUCAGGCAGCUUGACACACUCAUUGGACGAAGCCGUAAGCGCCUUGACCUGAACGCCGCGCGCCAGACGGGCAAGGGCAUGGCGGCUCCUCCUGCUCCCAUGCCGAUCAAGUCGCAGCCAGGCCGACCGGUGACGUUCCUCGACUAUUCCGCUCUCGAGAUUGCGCGCCAGCUUACAAUCAUGGAGUCGGGCUAUUACCAGCGCAUCAAGCCGAUCGAGUGCAUGCACAAGGCGUGGCAAGCCGAGAACAACACCGAACUGGCCCCCAACCUCAUGCACACAAUCACGGCAACCAACCGCCUGUCGCGCUGGACGUCGCUGCUCAUUCUUCGCAGCAGGAACGUCAGGGAGCGAUCAUUGGUUCUUCGCCAUCUUAUCGCCAUUGCCACCGAGCUUCGCCAGCUCAACAACUUUGCCGGCAUGGCGGGCGUCUUCUCGGGUCUGUCUGGCUCUGGUAUCACGCGUCUCAAGAAGACGUGGGAGCUGGUCCCCGACAAGUCUAUGCGCGAGUUCAAUGCGAUCGAGGACACAAUGGACCGGACCAAGAACUUCCAAAAGUACAAGGAGAUGCUCAAGACGAUCAACCCUCCUUGCGUGCCGUUCUUUGGUUUCUACCUCUCGGCGCUUGUGUUCAUCGAGGAGGGCAACAAGGACUUUGUGGUCGCACAGACUCCAAACAAUUCGUCCAUCGCCAUGACACCGUCAACCUCGACGAGCUCGAUCCCUCGUGCACCGUCAAUGGCUGGCACGACGCGCAGCGCUGCUACCACCGCGACAUCAGCAACCAACGGGCCUCGCCAGUCCAACGAGUCUGGCGGCCCGCUGCUGAUCAACUUCUUCAAGCGCCAGCUCACGGCCGAUGUGCUGCGCGACAUUCAACAGUACCAGUCCCAGCCAUACAACCUGGUCGUGUACCAGCCUGUGUUGGACUUUAUCGAGGAGGGCAUGACCGACGCCGAGCGCGACGACUCGGACUUCUACGACCUUAGCUUGCUUCUCGAACCCAAGGAUCCGGACGCACACGCUCGUGCUCUGCAGAGCAGCGCAUGA